AGCUAUCGCCGUCCUCUUCACUCACUCGCAUUUCCGGUUCCGAUCGGCAAUGUGAUGCAGCAUUUGCUGUUACUGGGAAAUCUAAAAUGUUAUUUAAAUAUUACGCUGUUAUGCCUCAAACUGGUCCAGUCUGGCGCUGCUGACGACCUCAAUAAGCCCAAAAUUUCUUGUUAUUGUUUCUUGUGACUUUUUUUGUUACACGUGGUUUGAUUGUGACAUCAAGUAGUUUAAAUAAAUUAAUUGACCGAAUUCACGGUGCCAUUGAAUGCCACACGAGUCCUCAGCUGUAUUCCGCCAUUGCAGUCGGUUUCAUUGACCCGACCAUUCUAAAACUGCUUAACAACCAUACUUGAAAACAAAAAAGCUAUGUAAAUGUUCGCGUGUUUGGAUGCACAUCCACACGUUUGAUAAAUGAUCUGGCUUAAUUGCUUUGUACGUCAUACUACCGGCGUGUCCCUUGAUUUUUAGGAACGACCGUUGUAGCGUGACUGACGAGUGGGAGUCAACAGGGGUGUGUUCAAUUUAACGACAAAAAUGUCUGCAGUUUAAUUUAUUUAUCGUUCGUCUUUUUGAGUGGUGUUCUAAAAUGGGUGUAGUGGUGCGGAAUCUCCAAAAGGUGGUGCCUCUUCGCCGUGCCAGGUUGCGAAAGGACGUGAACACGCUGAGGCACAUUCUUGGCAUCCAGAACUUUGACCUGAGCAUAAUUUGUGUGGACGACCGCAGGAUUCAGCAGAUAAAUCACAUCUACAGGAAAAAAAAAACACCGACAGAUGUCCUCUCUUUUCCGUUUCACGAGGGACUUAGACCUGGAAAGAUGCCAUGCCCCCUUCACAGAGAUGAGCAGAACCUUGGGGAUAUUUUUCUGGGUGUGGAGUUUGUUAUGAGACAGUGUCAGGAGGAAUCGUUAGAUCUGCAUGGGACACUCACGGUUAUGGUGGCCCAUGGUAUCUGCCACCUGCUUGGUUACAGGCACGAGUCGGAUGAGGAAUGGCGUGAGAUGCUGCAGAAGGAAAGCUACAUUCUUAGUGAGUACAACAGACUCACAGGGCAACAUUUGGUACCACUGAUGAAGAGAUGCCAUGAGGAUAGGUGACACUGACUGUAAUAAGCUAUUGAUUUUAUGCACAUGUAAAGACUCUGAAAUCAAAUUUUACACAGUCAGCAUUUGGGUAAAAUACUCUGUAAAGCUACUCACUGUUUGGAUUUCUUUCUAGCCACAAGUAGAGUAUUAAACACUUGAAACAGUCUUGUACUUAAGUUGUAAUAUUUUAUUAAAGUCUACUGUAAGAA